ACUCGAUCGAGCGCGCAUCUGGCUGCCACCCCUCCCUCCUCUCCACAGCACCUCGUCCAACCCUAGCCGCCACCGGCAGGAGACGGCGCAGAUCACCUCGUCCGCCGGCGGCCGCCCUCCCCACCGCUGCUAAUCGUCAACCUCGUCCGCGAAUCGACGGCAGCACGCAGGCUGCGUCGACUCUCUGUCUCCCCCGACCACCUCUUCCGCCGCCACCGGUAAUCAGCGGGCGGAGAUGAAGCCAGUGGUGGGUAUCGUGGUGUCGAACAAGAUGCAGAAGUCGGUAGUGGUGGCGGUCGACCGCCUCUUCCACAACAAGGUGUACAACCGCUACGUCAAGCGCACCUCCAAGUUCAUGGCGCACGACGAGGCCGAAGGCUGCAACAUCGGCGACAGGGUUAGGCUGGAUCCUUCUAGGCCAUUGAGCAAAAACAAGCAUUGGAUUGUUGCCGAGGUUCUUCGAAGAGCUAAGAUGUAUGUUCCGCCGCCACCUGCACCAAAAGCUUCUGGUGCCACAACUCAACAAACUAGCACCAAGUCGUCUGCUUGAAGAUCCUCAGAGGCAAACACAUACAUGUCUUUCAGAAUGUAUCUUCUUUACUGACUGACGGCAUGUCCAGAGAACCAUCUCAUAAAAUGUUGUUUUUUGUGGUGCUUGCCAUGCUCAGCUUAUCACUUUAUUUGUUUGCAGUCCGAAACUUCGUAAUCGAGAAUUUAUGUUGGACCCUA